AAGAAUAUCAGGAAGCUACAACAUACACACCGCUCAGAUUGCAGUUAGACUGAAGUUAACUACAGCAAAAAGCUCCAUCUCCAGUGGCCAUGGAUAAACCAGUAUGCUUGAUUGACACGGCCGAUGGGAAGCUGUUUGUCCAGCAGUCAGCGUUGCAGGUUCUGGAGCAGAUCCAGCAGCCAGUGGUGGUGGUGGCCGUGGUGGGUCUCUACCGCACCGGGAAGUCCUACCUGAUGAAUCGACUGGCAGGGAAACAAACAGGGUUUGCACUGGGCAGCACAAUUGAGUCCAAGACGAAGGGCAUCUGGAUGUGGUGUGUACCUCACCCCACUAAAACAGGAACCACUCUGGUGCUGCUGGACACCGAGGGACUCGGGGACGUGGACAAGGGGGACUCGAAGCAUGACACCAACAUCUUCUGUCUGGCUGUGUUACUGAGCAGCACUCUGGUGUACAACAGUCGAGGGACGAUCGACAACAGGGCUAUUGAGGAGCUGCAAUAUGUUACAGAACUAACAGAGUGCAUCAAGGUCAAAUCAUCAGACGAGGAUGUUGAUGACUCAAAUGAGUUUGUGAAGUUCUUCCCUAGUUUCAUCUGGGCUGUGAGGGACUUCACCCUGGAGCGAAAGAUUGAUGGCAAAGAUGCAACAGAGAAUGAUUAUCUGGAGUUUGCUCUGAAACUAAAACAUGGCACUUCAAAAAAAGUGAUGGAGUACAACCUUCCCAGGGAGUGCAUCCAAAAAUUCUUCCCCUCCAGGACAUGCUUCACUUUCCCAUUUCCAACCGCCCCAGAGAACGUGUCUCUUCUGGAGAGCUUGGAUCCUGCUGACCUUUCCUCUGAGUUCCUGGAGGUUACAGAUCGUUUCUGCAAGUUCGUCUUUGACAAGAGUGAUGUGAAGAAGCUGAAAGAUGGAUACACAGUCACUGGAAGAGUUCUGGGUCAUCUAGCAAAAACUUACGUAGACACCAUCUCUAGCGGGGCUGUGCCGUGUCUGGAGAAUGCUGUGAUCGCCAUGGCAACGAUUGAGAACCAAGCUGCGGUGAAGGAGGGGCUUGAGGUGUACCAGAGUGGAAUGGAAAAGCUGAAGAACUCCUUCCCUCUGGAACUGAAGGAUGUGUCCUCAGAACACCAACGUCUCAGCAGCAUGGCAACACAAACCUUCAUGACUCGGUCUUUCAGGGACACUGAUGGGAAGCACCUGAAAUCUCUAGAGGAAAAAGUUAAUAAACUCUUUGAUGGAUACCUGUGCCAAAAUGAGCAAGCUUCAAAGAAAAAAUGUGAGGAUCUCCUGUCAUCCCUCUCAGCAACAAUGACCGAAAAACUCAAACAGGGCAUCUAUGCUAAAUCUGGUGGUUAUGAUCUCUUCUGCAAGGAUCUGGAGGAAGUUGUGAAGAAAUACAACAGCCAGACCAAUAAAGAAGUCAAGGCUGAAGCGGUCUUGGAGGAGUUUCUGAAGCAGAGGUCUGUGGAUUCUAAAGCUAUUCUGCAGGCCGACAAAAAACUGACUGAGAAGGAAAAAAAGAUUAAAGAGGAAACAGAGAAAGCCGUACUUCUGGAGCAGGAAAUAAAAGCUAAAGAGGAGACGCAGCGACAGCUAGAAGAGAAAAUGGAAGCAGAAAAACAGAGUAAUGAAGAGAGGAUAAGACAGAUGAAGGAGAAGAUGGAUGAGGAGAUGAGGCUUCAGAGAGAGGAGGCCCAGCGUGCCAUGGACAGCAAACUGAGGGAGCAGACUGCUUUGCUGGAGAAGGGCUUUCAGGAGAAGGCUGACAGGAUGAGCCAGGAGAUGGAAGAGUUCAAGAGACAGAACACUGAAGCUGAGAGUAAUAGAGCUCGAGAGUUUGCAGAGCUGUUAGAGAACUCCAACAAGAGACAUGAGGAGUCUAUGGCUAUGAUGAUGAAGCAGCACAGUGAGCAGAUGAGGGCUUUACAGCAGCAGAUGAGUUCACGCUCUUCAGGCGGAUGUUGCAUCUUGUGAAAUGCAUUAACUCUGUGAUCAUCAGAGGCAUGUAAUUGUACAAUGAAGUUACUUGCUGUAAAAUGAUUCAAUACCUGCGUAUAAUGACAUUAAAUCGAAUAAUGAGCUAAUUA